ACAAAGCCUCUGUGUCUAUAAAUACGUUAGCACUUAGCUUAGUGUAGUGGAGAAAAAGAAGAGCCUUUACUAAGCUUAUCACAUACUCUUCUAUUUCCCUCUGUUUCUUUUAUCUAACUAGACAUGGCAAGGGCUUGGCUUAUCGAUAGCAGAACAAUUGCGAGAAAAGUGAAAAAUCCGGCUCGGGCUUGUGCUGAUCAAAUCAAAGGAUAUGGAGCUAAUCGUGACUGCCCAAAUUGCCACCAUCUUAUAGACAAUAGUGAUGUUUCUCAUGAUUGGCCUGGUUUUCCUGCUGGUGUCAAGUUUGAUCCAUCUGAUGCUGAGCUUCUGGAACAUUUAGCUGCUAAAUGUGGCAUUGGAGCCUCUAAACCACAUGCAUUUAUCGACGAAUUCAUUCCUACACUGGUUCAUGAUCAAGGAAUUUGCUAUGCGCAUCCUGAAAAACUUCCUGGCGUUAAGAAAGAUGGAAGCAGUGUACAUUUCUUCCAUAGAACAAUUAAUGCUUAUGCAACUGGACAAAGGAAGCGCCGCAAAGUCCAUAAUGAAGAUGGUCCAAGUGAGGAGCAUGUUCGCUGGCAUAAGACCGGGAAGACCAAACCUGUGACGGAAAAUGGAAUGCAGAAGGGGUGUAAGAAGAUCAUGGUUCUCUACAAAAGUUCAAAGAAGGGUAUGAAGCCUGAUAAAUGUAAUUGGGUUAUGCAUCAAUACCAUCUUGGGACUGAUGAGGACGAGAAGGAAGGAGAAUAUGUGGUAUCUAAAAUAAUAUACCAGCAGCAAAAGCAAAUUGAGAGUCAUGAUGAUAUUCCUCUUGCUGAAUAUUGUGAUUUAUCAGCUCUUCAAACUAGUCCAAGGACACCAAAUCCUCCCAAUCCACCGCGACCAGGGACAUCUCAUAUAUGUGAUGAUGAUGCUGAUGAUAAUAUAUUACAGUCCUCUUUUCUGGAACAGAAGGUUACUGUCAAGGGAGAAGCCGAUGUGCCUGCACAUGCUGUUCAUCCAGAGGUAUAUGCAGCUCAGCCCGAGAAUGAUGCAGGAUACGCAGAAUGGUUGGCUGGAGAAUCUCAAGCUGUGGAAGACACUGAUUUCUGUGGCAUUGAUGGUUCUUUGCUACGCGAGGAAACUCUCGAUUCAUCUUCUCUUUUCCUCAAUAAUUUUGGACAAGCUAAUCCAUCAUACACCAGCAUUUCCAACACAAGUGAAAUGGCCGCAAUCAAUAAUGCACCCUAUGGGAUUGCUGAACUAGCCAACUUGGAGCUAGACACACCACCAGAUUUCUCUUGUGAUCUGCAAUUUAAUUCUCAGGAUAGUUGGAUUGGCCGAUUUUGAAGACGUAUACUAUAUAUAAUUUGGGUGUAGUCACCCAGUAUUGACUA